CCCUCCCUACCUCUUCCACCACCACCGCCGCUUCCGCCUCCGCCCGCCGCCGCUCGAGAGGAGGAGGCACAAUGCUGGAGGCCGUGAUCCCCGCGGUGUGGAGCGCCGUCCACGGCUGGUUCACCCCCGCGGUGCUGUUCCUCGUACUCAACAUCGUCAUCGGCACCAUCGCGGUCACCUCCAAGGUCGCCGCCUCCUCCUCCUCCUCCGCCGGGGAGGGGGACGCUGCUGGGGGCGGCGGCGCGGGAGGGUUUUGGGCUGGGGGUGGGGGAGGGGGAGGGGACCACAGGAGGCUCUCCCGCUUCCCGUCGAUGGCGCUCGACCGGCUCCGCUCGUUCAACCUCUCCGGCCGGUUUGCCGCGGCUGCCCCCGAGCCGGCGGUGGUGGCCGGGGUUCUGGAUCUGGGGGCAGGGGCACACGACGAGGCGUCGGUGAAGGAGGUGGGUGAGAGCGAGCGCGAGCGGGAGAUGGAGCAUGAGGACCACGCGCACAUGGAGAGGAGCAAGUCGGAGGCGGCGGCGGCGGAGCUCCCGCGGCUGCCGGCGCGGCUGCGCAAGUCGGCCAGCGACAGGUCGGCGUUCGCGCACUUCGAGGCCGAGAACGAGGAGCGGGCCGACGCGGUGGAGGCGCGGCGCCCGGCGACGACGAGGGACCAGCCGCGCGUGUGGCUCCGCGCGACCGACGCCUCGGAGCCGGAGUCCGACUCCGGCGACGAGGUGGAGCCGGACGAAAUGGACGACGCCGCCGGCGAGGUGGACGCCCGCGCCGACGACUUCAUCAACAACUUCCGCCACCAGCUGAAGCUCCAGCGCAUCGACUCCUACCUCCGCCACCGCGACAUGCUCCGCCGCGGCCACGCCGCCGCCGUGGCCACCGACUAGUGCUCCACCCCGCGCGAUUCCGAGCAACCCGAGGGGGCUCGCCGCAAAAAAAAAAAAAAGAAAAGAAAAAACCGCUCAUAAAAA